AUGGCUUUCCUCAUCAUCUCGCCGACGGGAAAGAAAUACUUGUUCGACGCGGGUGCGAGGAAGGAUUAUUGGAAUUAUAGCCCGAUGAUCAGGGAGAGGUUUCGGAAGGGUGUUAAUGUUGGGGGGAUGAGGGUUACCAAGGGGGUGGCCGAGCUUUUGAGGGAGGGGGGUGUGGGUGUUGAGGAGGGUGAGGUUGAGGGGGUUUUCUGGAGUCACUGGCAUUUCGAUCACAUAGGCGAUAUGUCCACCUUCCCAUCCAGCACCAAAAUCAUCGUCGGUCCGGGAUUCAGCGAUGCGAUGUUACCUGGCUAUCCUGCGAAUCCGGAUAGUCCGCUGUUGGAAUCUGAUUAUGUCAACCACGAAAUGCAAGAACUCACCUUCACAACCCCCCUCGAAAUCGGCGGCUUCCGCGCAAUCGACUACUUCGCCGACGGCUCGCUGUACAUCCUCGACGUCCCCGGCCACGCAAUCGGCCAUAUCUGCGCGCUCGUCCGCACCACGCCCGAUACCUUCGUCCUGCUCGGCGCGGACGCGUGUCAUUUCGCGGGGAGUCUGCGCCCGAGUGUUUGGGUGCCGCUGCCGGAAUCGGUUACUCGUGAGGAACUGGGUGAGGUGCAGGGGGGGGGAUGUCCGUGUGAGGAUUUCUUGGUCAGUCAUCCACGUGGGAAGGAGGGACGGAUCAAGCCGUGGUAUAGCGCUAGUAGAACGCCUGGAUCAGCGUAUGCGGAUUGGAGGGUCGCGGAUCGGAGUGUGGAAAAAUUGAGGGGGUUUGAUGCGUGUGUGGAUGUGUUGGUUUGUUUGGCGCAUGAUCCGGGGGUGGGGGAGGUGCUGCCGGUUUUUAAUGGGGAGGGGAUUAAGGGAGGGGGGAUUGGGAAGUGGAAGGAACGGGGGUGGAAGGAGAAACUUAGGUGGAGGUUUUUGGGGGAGUUGCCUAGGAUGGUUGGGGGUGAGGGUGGGAAGGGGAGGGGGUGGGUUAGGGGGAGGGAACCGAUUGUUGAGGGGUGGUGGAGGGGUGGGAAGAGGGUUGGUGUUGAGGAGGCGCUGAGGAGGGAUGGUGAGGAGUAG